AUGCCUCCCUCCGUUGCUUCUGUUGCCGACACCGACCUCUCGACCGAGCUAUUGACUGUCCAGACGUCCUCCGACCGUACGCUAAUUACGACUGCCGCAGUUGCCGCGCCGCAUCGCCACACUUUCUACGCUCGCCGGCCGGACCCUGCAACCAGGGAUGAGCUUCAGGCCUACCUAUGUGAAGAACCUCAGGAAAUCCACGAUGCUGUGGAGUGGUGGUUGAGCCCUGGCAGAAGGAGCGACUUUCCACGCCUUUCCAUCAUGGCGUUGGACUUGUUGACGAUACCGGCGAUGUCUUCAGAGUGCGAGAGGGUAUUCAGCAGGGCCAAGCACACAGUUGCCCAUCAACGCCACCGCCUUGAUGAUGAUGCUAUCAAUAUCGUGGAGAGCCUCAAGCAGUGGAGUCGGCUGCGGUAG